AAGCAGCGGCGCUUUACAACACUGUUAACGGUUUUGAAAACAAGAAGCGACGCGAUGGAGCCAAAUAAAAAUUCAGAAAAACCACAAAUAACGACUGUAUGUUCGUCGGCUCUAUUGAAUAACGUGUCCAGCAUGAGUGCCGAUUCCUGCGAUGAUUUAUCCGACAUUGAACUUAAGGAUGUGCCCGCCCAGCUGGAAACGACCCUGAAGCCCCGACCCUACGAGGCCAGCACUCUAUUCAACAUCGACCUAGACGAAAUCUGGGGACCCAACUCGCAGGAAGAGGCGUUGCAGGAGUACAAGGAGCGCGCCCAAAAGGAUCAGCAAAAGUUUUUCGACUUCGUGAUGAAGUCGGCACUGGAUCUGGGCAAUCGGACAGUAAACUACAAACCCAACGAAGAGCAGCAGCGGUACCUCGAUCAGGGCCCCAAUUUGCAGAACUUCGUACGGGGCUCCCUAGACUUUAUAAAUAUCGCCACCCGAUUUCAGGCAGAGCACGAGGAAAUGAUGGAGCUGCAAGACAACAUAGAAGAUCAGUAUCGGUUCUUGCGAAACAACAUGGUCAACAACGCCUUCCACCAAAAUCUAGCUGGCUAACGAUGAAAGUCAUUAAUAAAUAUGGAAAUAAUAUAGCCUUGUAAUUAAUAAAUAAACCUAUGAUCGGUAAA